AUGUUAUGGUCGGUUCCAAGCGGCGCCGACCCGGACUUUGAGAAUGCAGCAGCAGCGGCAAAGAACGUUCUAGGGUAUAAUGAGCCCGACUUGGGGUCUCAAGCCAACACCAUUCCCUCUGUUGCUGCAGCCGGUUACCAGACCUAUAUGCAGCCUUUGGCUGGGAAAACUCGAAUUGGUGCUCCAGCAGUGACCAAUGCAGGCAAUGGGGUGCUUGCUUACAUGGGUCUUGGAUGGUUGGAGUAUUUUUUCGACGAUUGUCAAGGUUGUCACGUCGACUUUAUUCCUCUGCAUUGGUAUGCAAAUGACACAGCUGCCAAUUUCGAGGCCUAUUUAACUCAGGCUUAUGAUCGUUUCCAAAAACCUAUUUGGGUCACCGAAUUCCAGCUCCAGGACAGCGAUGCCAACCAAGUCGCGUUCCUUCAAGAGGUGUUGCCAUGGAUGGAUCAGCAAUCCUGGAUUGAGAGAUAUGCAUACUUUGGGCCGUUUGAGACUUUCCUGAUCAACGGUGCUGGGAACGGUCUCUCGGAUGUUGGAAAGGCGUAUGUCAGUAUCUAA